AUGUCGACCGACGACGCCUUGUCAUGGUGUGGCGUGCCGCCUCCCCUCGUACAUCUCUUCACGAAUUCCAUCAUCCUCGACUGUCUUAUCUCCUACUUGACUCUGCCCUCUAUAUUCUCCCUAGCCAGGACAUGUCGGUCUUUGCGUGACUUGCUUUUCCAGAACCCCCGUGUCUUUCGGUACAUAGAUCUUUCCAGGUGUCGAGGCGCCUACGUGCCGCCGAACCUGUUGACCAGAAUCGACUCUGGCGGGCAUUCAUGGCGAGCGGAACGCAUGGACGAAAACCUGACCGAAGACGAAUUCUACGCGGGGCCACUUCGUGGGGUUCUAGGAAAGUUGGGUCGCAUGGGCGUCUUGAAAAGCGUUCAGACAUUGGUCCUUGAUGAACUCGCAUCUGUCACGCAUGAUCUCAUCAACGACAUUGUGCUGGCUCCCGAAUAUAAUGUGCGACUGUUGAGUAUCCGGCGGUGCCUCAAUGUCAACCAUUCCAAAGUGCAGCAAUUGCUGCGCCACAUAUGUCGGCCGAGCAGACCAGAAGGCACUCCUCGGUUGCAAGGGUUAUAUGUCUUUACUCAUCCAGCGUCAUCAUCCAUCUUGGACCAUCAAACCCCCUCAGACUAUAGUUAUCUUGUCGCAGGGCAAGGUGCAAGUGGACCGCUUGAACCCAUUGCGGCUUCUAUAGCAAAGCUUCGGCCUGGCGGAGGAGGCGAUGCUUGGUAUUCGCCAUCUGGGCAGGUGAUUUCUCUGGGCCACGCUCACCGGACAUCAUGGGAAGAAACACUUUUGGCGUGCAAAGGCGUCAUCAGCUUCGAUGCCGUCCCCUGCACCCACAUGCAUGCCGACAUGGCGCCCGUGCUUCACGUGGCCUCGCGGGACUACCUGACGGAAAAUAAGGCCGGCAUACCUCCGCUCGCCACGAUCGCUCUUGGUCCCAAAGGUUGUGCAGGUUGUGGACGGGCUCCUCGAGGGGCACCCGUUUGGGGCGAGAGCGAUCCGUCCGAGUUUCCACUGCUGUGGCCCCCUCCAGUGACGGGCAGACUGGUCGAUGCUGUACGUCCCCCGCUUCGGAGAAACGAGAACAAUGAGAUUCUUCCUCAACGUCUUAUCGUCUCUUGCACCUGGUGCCUUACGAAUCGACAUUGUGAAAGCUGCCAUCGGUGGUGGUGUGCCGACUGCUACAAUCCGACCAUCUCGAAGAAACUUAAUGAUCUGGAGAGGUUAAGCCAGGCCGGGUUGUCAUACUUGCCUUCGAUGGAAGAGCUGGACAACACUGCCAUGUCCGGCGGUCGUGGUGACCAUAUAAAGCAACAACAACAACUCAGAAUCCUCCCAGGCCAAGCGGCCGUGACGCGCGAUUGCUUCGAAUGCGGCCGAGUCUGCGGCCUAUGCGCCCCCUUAUCGACACGAAUAUGCAAGAGAUGCAAGAGCAGUUAUUGUCUGUUACAUAACACAGGAUGCGACGAGGAAGUGUGCGACUGGUGUAUGUUCCGCGGUGGCCGGAGAACGCGCGAACUCUAUUGA